GUAGUUCUUGAAAAUUUGAUAACUCGACCAGCUGAUGUAAACAUUGUCAUGUCCAGUCAGUUUAGGCGUUACAGGUGGCCCGAAUUAGACUAUCUCGACACUUUCAAGUCAUCAGCAACAGCUGAAGCCUGAUACUAAAUACCACGGUACCAAUCAGAAGUCAUGUCUCGAAUUAUAGUGAAAAACUUGCCUAAAAUUGUGACUCAGGACAAAUUGUGUGAGCAUUUCAAAACACAAGGGCUGAUCACUGAUUCAAAGCUUGCUUUUCGUGAUGGAAUUUUCCGAGGCUUUGCUUUCGUGGGCUUUGAGUCGCCUGAGCAGGCCAAGGCUGCUGUCAAGACCUUCAACAACACAUACUUUCACAACAGCAAGAUUGUUGUAGAGCUUGCCAAGGACUUAAAUGAUGCGACACGCCCUAAGAGUCAGCAGCAGAUCAAGCAAGAGAAGAAGGAGCAAUUACUAAAGAAGCAACAGGAGCUUUGCCUGAAAAAGGAGAGGGCUCGUCUCAAGGCCUCUGGAGGAGAUGCAUCCAUCAGAGCUCAAAUAUUGGAUAAAUACAAAAAUGAUCCUAAAUUUAUGAAUUAUCUUGAGCUCAACCUGGGAUCAAAUGUUUCCCUUCUGGAGAACAAAUCCAGAGAAAAGAAAAAUAAAAAGAAUAUUUUGUCUGUUGAAAAAGAUCACAAAAAUAAUUCUGAAAAUGAAGAAGAAAUUGAUGAUGAUUCAGACAAGCUGGCGAAAAAAAAGGAGCUGUCUGACCGGGAGUAUUGGAUGGCUAUGACUAAAGAAGUUGCUGAAGAAGAAGACAAUAAUGAAAAAAAUAAUGAAAAUGAUGUGGACAAGAAAACAGAUGAUGGAGUGAAGGCCCAUAGCCCCAAUAGAUGUAAGAAAUGGAAGGAGCUGUUUUCUGUUCGUCUUCGUAUUGGCAAGUUCCCCAAGAAAGCACAGAUGGGUCUCUCUAAGAAAAAUAAAAGUUUAUCAAAGUCAGAUCUACGAAAUUUUUUCAGUCCCAUUAAAGUUUCUUCUAUCAGAAAAAACUUGAAGGAUCGCUUUGAAUACUUCAUUGGGUUUAGUUCUGCUCAGCUUAUGAAUCAAGCAUUGAAAAAGAAUGGCAGCAUUUUAUUGGGAGUACGUGUCAAAGUAUCAGAAGCGAGCCCUCAGCAGCAGCAAGAUGGAGAUGAGAAUGCAGUGCAGCGAAGGCAAGGCUCAGCGCCGUGGUCAGAAGCUGAGAAGCGGCUCCAUGAAGCGGAGCCUGAGGCAGAGAGUGGCAGAUUAUUUGUCCGCAACUUGUCGUAUCUUACCACAGAGAAAGAUCUCCGUGACAAGUUCUCUCAGUUCGGGGAAAUUGUGGAUCUGGAGCUGCCAGUGUGCACGCAGACACACAAGAUCAAAGGAUUCGCUACGAUCACGUUCAUGCAGCCGAUGUCGGCGGUGAUAGCGAGGGAGAAGAUGGACGGAGCCGCCAUGCUGGGACGCGUUCUACACGUGCUGCCCGGGCUAUCGAAGGAGCAGGUGGACGAGAUGAACCCCUUCAAGUCCAAGUUCAAGCAGCAGAAGGCUAAGGAGCUGAAAGCCACGGCGGGAUCCUGGCACAACUGGAAUACGCUGUUUAUUUCCAGCGCUGACGUCGUUGAAAUCAUGGCCAAGAAAUAUAAUAAGACAAAAGAACAGAUUCUGGAUAACGAAGGUCCUCAGAGUGCUGCUGUCACUGUAGCCCUCGGCGAAACUCAGAUUGUGGACGAGACUCGAAGGUUCUUGGAAGACAACGGUGUGAGCGUGGAUGCAUUCUCUGACCCGUCUGUGGCUCGGUCGGACACAGUGCUGCUGGUGAAGCACCUGCCUGCUGGCACUAAAGCUACAGACAUCGCCGAACUCUGCUCCAAGUUUGGUGAACUUGGUCGUGUGGUUAUGCCACCUUCGGGCGUUACGUGCAUUGUAGAGUUUUUGAGUGCUACCGAAGCCAAGAAAGCGCUGCGGGAAUUGAGUUACAAAAGAUUCGGAAACUCACUCCUGUACCUUGAACGAGCGCCCGUCAAGACCUUCAACACUGAGGCACCCAAAUCCGGCGACUCUCGUCAACCUGACCCUGCGCAAGAGCCUCCUCCGUCUGGUGAAUCUCUCAAGAGGAAAAGAGAACAAUCGGACGACGAAAGCGAUGAGGAACCCUCGCUGGAAGCUGCUACAGUGAAGACUAAGAAGUCGGAAACACCAACGCUGGAGCCGGAGCCCCACACGACGCUCUACGUCCAGAACCUACCGCUGGACGCCACGGAGGAAGACAUCAAAAAACACUUCAGCAGUACGGGAGAAGUGAUGUCGGUGGUGGUUGCCCGCAAGGGUGACAAGUCGCUGGGCUACGGUUUUGUGCAAUACUUGAAGCAGAGAUCCGCCAGAGAAGCUCUCAUUUCACUUGCCGGCUCCACGCUCAACGGUCGCGACCUCCUCUUAAAAUUAUCGGAAAAACGUCUCGCCGCAACUGUAAAGAGUUCACGGCAGAUGCAAGACUACGGCAAGCAGCUCUCGGCCAAGAUCUCCGUCAAGAACAUUCCUUUCCAGGCCACCAGAAAGGAGCUCGAGCAACUCUUCAGACCUUUUGGCGCAUUGAAGCGCACGUUUUUGCAGAAACAUCAUUCGGGCGAAUACAACAACGGUGGCUAUGGCUUUGUUGAGUACCUCAACAUGGAGGAUGCGAAGCGCGCUUUGCAAUCGCUGGGACUUUCUACUCAUUUAUUGGGCCGGCGCCUGGUUCUGCAAUGGGCCAAGGAGGACGAGUCGGUCGAGGAGCUCAGGCAAAAGACGGCUCAGAAACACGACUUCGCCCAACACAUCGGCUCGACCCAUAAGAAGAUGCGCGAAGCCAUGCAGGAAGCCACGGGAAGGACCGAGUUCGAUGAAUAAAAUAUGCGAAAG